CCUUGCAUUCAGACGUCGUGACGAGACCUACCAAGUGACUUAGCAGCCUGUGAGCUUGCAGCAGCACUGGGAUGUAUGGAGCACCUGCAAAGCCAUGAUUACCUUCAACGACAUCGCCUCACGGCAACAACGUCGCUCUGAUCUGCCCUUCCCACUCCAUGGUCCACCAACUCUGUACACCUCGAACCACACUCAUCUCUUCACGCAGCACGAUGACCGCUCGGCCACACAAAAGCAGGCAGAUUACAUCGGUACAUCACACGUAGCCUUUGAGGGGAGUGCUUGUACCUCUCGUCAGACUGACUGCAAGCAGACAAAAGGAACACCAACAUGUAAGCUCCAUGGUGCACGGACACUUUGGCCACAUCUUCCUCCUUUCCAUGCCCUUCGAGACGACUAUCCGCACCUCUACCUCGCCCAGCGCCACGCCCUGCAACGCCUCCACACCCACAGAAAAACCCUUCACGCGUCUGCCGGCUUUCGGUAUCGUAAGCGGGCGGCAAGACUCGACGGCGUCACUACAAGGGGAGAUAUCGCCGAGAUGCGCUAGUGCCUCAACAUGGCAUUGGCGCCAUCGUACGACUACAUGGCCUUUCUCGGCGGCUGACGGCCGUGCUGUGCUACUAAGACCGAUCAAAGCAAUGCUAAGCCGACGUAGAGUGCCCUUCACCUUCGGCACCUCCCGCCAUACAUGGUAAGCAUCUCGGCAACCAUCCAAGUAUGGCUGGCAG